UGACAAGGGUUGGCUAUAUUUUAUCAAGUCUGCCUAUAAUACAUGAAAUAUGUUUCUAUGUUAUGUUUCUCAGGGCUAAACAAAUGUAAUAACUGAAUGCUUACCAUGGGAAAGUAAACGGCUAAUCUAACUACAAAAAAGUGGUUAAAUAGCGACACCGUUUUCUUCAACAAAUGUACUAAAAUUGACCCAUUUUCUCUGAAGCCAUUUUGGGUUAGUUAUCAGAACACAAAGUCAGUAAAAUAUAAGUAAGUUGUUUUUCUUUUUUCUAAAUUUUUGUGUGAGUGUAGAGAGAGCGUACAGAGCGACAAAAGACAAAAAUAUCCUGGCAGAAAAUAUGGAAAAAUUAAAUGAACUUUUCAGCAUCUCUUGAGUAAGUUCUGAGUAUCCAGUAACAUAUUCUAGAGGCUUCACAUCUCAGCUGUUUGUUCUCCUACAGUCUUGGCUUCCCUGUAAAUAAGGGAAUUGGUAAGUGCAGCAAUAUUAAUUUUAGCCUUUGUGUCAGUUUAUAAAAGUUUCUUUUUUUACGUUAUACUCUUUCUGGGUAAUGAACCUCCUAUCUUUUUAAAAUGCUCCUUGACAUGACCAUUCUGGAUGAAGUUUUUUUUUUACAAUUUUUUGCCUUUUUGGUAAAAUAAUAUAACUGAGGUAAUGGUCUUGUUUGUGUGUUGUGACACUAGUGACAAUGCAAGUUACUUUGUCUUUUGGGCAAGUGUCACAUUCACAAUGAGUGACAACCUCUAAGCCAGAUUUUACUUUGUUUUGAGGUGACUUUUUUACAAAGUAAUAUCAAAAACGUCAAACAGAUUUUUAGAAUUGGAGAAAUUCAUUAGACUUGAUGUGUUUUUUUUCCUCUAAUUUUCUUAUUUUUGUCAUGUUGUAUGGGCGUUGUCUUUUUUUAAUCCCUCGUAUAUGUUUGUAAAGUUGGGGGUUGCAGUGGUUAGUGCUCUAAAUACUACGAGGGAAAAACUAUGUUGCCGACGGCACAAAUGAGACGGCCAACACACGACACUUCCGGGACGUCACUUCCCGGAGACACGUGACCGCGCGGUAUUUAAGGUGAACGUCUGAGGAUGAUAUCAAUCAGUAAACAGAGGCCGGGCGACGCGGCUUCGGAGAGCACAAAGAAAACUCUUUCAAGAACCAUUCAAGGUGCUACUUCAGUCAGGAGAACACUGCAAGUCCUCCAGCCAUCUGUGAUAAAUGAGAACCAGGGAAGAGGGCGAGAGCCAGGAAAAGUCCCUCCGAAAAGGAAGCUGUGGGGAGCUGGACAGGUGAAGGGGUCAAAGCGGGUCAAAGCUGAAGUGGCAGUGAAAGACCAAAACGCUGAAAACGAUGCUGUGGCCGAGGGGGAGGCAAAGGGCGCCUAUGAGCUGAUGGUCAAAGAGACCCCUCCGUCUACCUACUGGAAGGAGGUUGCGGAGGAGAGGCGUAAAGCUCUGUACAACGUCCUUCAGGAGAAUGAAAGGCUACAUAAAGACAUAGAAGCCAAAGAAGAACUGAUCUCCAGGCUGAGGAGUGAGAACGAGGAGCUGCAGGAGCUGGUGCAGCACGUCCAGCACAUGGCCGACAUGAUCGAGAGGUUAACUGGAAAGAGCCCACAGAGCCUAGAUGAUCUACAAGAGCUUGCUUUUGAUGGAGAGGAUGAAGAUGCUGCAGAGAGUGAAGAUGAGUCAAGUGUCUGUAGUGAGGAAGACCCUGAAGAAAAGUGAUUAUGGUUGUCUGUGGAACUGAAGACCUGUGAUAAUGGCCAUUUUUGCUGUCUCAGUGGACCUGUUGUGUGAAAUGUAACUUAUUACAACUUUUUUGCAAGUGGGUUUAAUUAAGGCCCCCUUUUUAAGUCACUUGACACUAGCCUUGAUUUGCCAGACAUUUUUGUUUACUGACCAGUGCUGCCAUGUUACUUUGUCAUGGACUCAGCUUUUCUGUUAAUGCGCAUUCUGUAUAUACUGUAAAAUAAAAGUACUUUUUACACAA